CAAAAGAAAUGGCAUUCUCCCAAAUCCUCAAGCGUUCAUCAACAACACUCAACCCUUCAAUCCACUCAUCUUCAUCAUCUUCGUCAUCAAUCUCUGCAUUAAUCUCUGUUCAUCUUCACCCCAGAACCUUCUGCAACAAACCCACCGAAACCCUAGAUGAAUUCAACCCCCAAAUCAUCAAAGAAGCAGACAAACUCUGCAAAACAAUCUCCAACGCUCCCGAUCGUUCAAAUCUCGAAUCUUUAUUAAACUCCACUCAAAUUGAACUAACCCCACCUCUAGUUCUUCAAGUUUUGAAGAAAUUAACCAAUGCGGGUGUUUUCGCACUUUCGUUCUUCAAAUGGGCAGAGAAACAACCCGGGUUCAAACACAAUUCCGCUAGCUACAAUGCGGUAAUCGAAGCUCUGGGUAAGAUCAAGCAGUUCAAGAUUGUUUGGACAUUGGUUAGUGAGAUGAAAACUAAAGGGGUUUUGGAUAAGACCACAUUUGCUUUGAUUUGGAGGCGAUAUGCGCGUGCGAAGAAGGUGAAAGAGGCGGUUGAAGCAUUCGAGAGGAUGGAGAAGUUCGGGUUUAAGUGUGAGUUGUGUGAUUUUAAUCGGUUUCUUGAUACGUUAUGUAAGUCGAGACAAGUUGAGAGCGCACACCAGGUGUUUGAUAAAAUGACUAAGAGAAGGUUUAAACCGGAUAUUAAGUCGUAUACUAUACUUUUGGAAGGUUGGAGUCAGGAAAUGAAUCUUUUGAAGUUGGAUGAGGUUUAUAGAGAAAUGAAAGGGAAUGGGUUUGAACCGGAUGUUGUUGCGUAUGGGAUUGUUAUAAAUGCGUUGUGUAAAGCGAAGAAGUAUGAUCAAGCGGUUGAGAAGUUUGACGAGAUGAAGCGGAAGAAUAUAGAGCCAAGCGCGCAUAUAUAUUGUAGUUUGAUUAACGGGCUAGGGUCCGAGAAUAGGUUAAGCGAGUCUUUACAAUUCUUCGAGCUAUAUAAGUCGUGUGGGCAUGCUAUUGAGGCUCCAACUUAUAACGCGGUUGUGGGGUCUUAUUGUUGGUCAAUGCGGAUUGAUGAUGCUUUUAAGGUAGUUGACGAGAUGAAACAACGUGGGGUCGGGCCAAAUUCGCGAACUUUUGACAUAAUUCUUCAUCACUUGGUUAAAGCGCGAAGAACAGAAGAGGCGUAUGGUGUUUUCAAACGAAUGAAAAGUGAUUUCAAGUGUGAUCCAAGUGUGAGUACUUACGAGAUCAUAAUACGGAUGUUUUGUAACGAGGGUAAGGUGGAUAUCGCGAUGAGUGUUUGGGAAGAGAUGAAGGGGGAAGGAGUGCUACCGGGAAUGCAUGUGUUUGCUACUUUGAUUAACGCGUUGUGUCGCGAACGAAAGUUGGAAGAUGGUUGCAAGUAUUUUGAAGAAAUGUUGGAUAUGGGUAUAAGGCCUCCUACACAUAUGUUUAAUAAGCUAAAACAAGCUCUUGUUAAUGAAGGGAAAGAAGACGUUGUGAUGAUGUUGACUCGUAGGCUUGAGAAAUUGAAAACACUUUUAGUGGUUAGCUGAAAAAGAUUUGCAUUCAUUUGAGGUUUUUUUUUUUUUUUU